AUGGCCUCUAAAUCUGAGCCUCCUUCAGACACCUUGGUACCCUUUUCUCAGCCAUCCUUGUAUCGAAGUAUUGUUGGCGCCUUACAAUAUCUCACUAUUACCAGACCGGACAUCUCUUUUGCUGUCAACCAUGCAUCUCAGUUCAUGCAUGCUCCUACUGUUGCACAUUUUAAUACUGUCAAGCGGUUACUUCGUUACAUUCAGGGUACUCUUCAUCAUGGUUUAUUCUUUACUCCAGGCUCUCUGAAUUUGCAUGCUUUUUCUGAUUCUGAUUGGGCCGGCGAUGUUCUUGAUCGUAAGUCUACCACUGGGUAUUGUGUCUUUCUUGGUUCUAACUUGAUUUCGUGGUCCGCAAAGAAACAAUCCACUGUUUCUCGGUCCUCCACCGAAGCUGAGUACAGGGCUCUUGCUCAAGCUUCUGCUGAACUUCAAUGGCUUCGCAUGCUUCUUCAAGAGCUCUUUCUUCAUUCUGCAACUCCUGUUUUAUGA